UGGUCAUCCUGCGGGUCUCCAUUUGAGGCCCCCGAAGUUCCAUCUAUCUCCCUUCCCUUUUCUUUCCCUUUCCCCCGUUACCUCCAGGUCUUCGGAUUCGGAUCUCUCCGCGAUACUUUAAUUCCUUCAAGUCUCACCCCUCUUUUCUACCCAAUUUGCGGUCAGUUUCUCUGCUAGAGUCUCCUGAAAUUCUCAUGCGCCGCUCCCGGCGAUACCCGGACCAUGGCGGAGGGAAUGCGACCAGACCGAGGAGGCCCUGCGGUGUCGCGGGCCUUGACAGUCCCCGCGAUCGUCACCAGCACCGCAUCUUCUUCCUCCUCCAUUCCAAUCCACGAGACCUCCACCACCAGCACAACAAAUACGAGCAAUAGCCCCACGGUGCUCAAUCGCGGCGAUCAGAGUCCCAAUGCCUCCAAACCCAGCCUGAUCCGCUCCUCCCAGACCUUUCCGAUCGCUUCUAGUGCUUCGGACUUUGCUUCAGUCUCGAGCGUAGCCCAACAAGGUGGCAAAAGAAACUCUCAUACCCUGCAGUAUCCAAGCAACGGUUCCGUGAAAAACACCGCAUCCUCCCCGACCGUUUACCAAUCGACAACCGACUCGAGUGCCAUCGAUCCAUUAUCACAGCAUAUCAUCAAGCGCACCAACACCCACAAGUCGAUCCCUUUGAAGCUAUUGGGCAGGGCCUCAUACGAAGCGGAAGCGGGCGGAGGGGAUCAUCGUGGCUCCUUAGACCAUGGCUCAAAUCGAGGAGAUGCGACAAUGUAUCCGAAGACCUCCAAGGAGAAGAACAGGAAAGGCGUUUCCUUCUUGAGUCGUAUCAUCCCCGGGAAAAAGAAGGACCAAUAUUUGGAUGACGAGGACGAUGUCUCCGAGCCUGAAACAACUCGCAUGGAUACCGAUGCCGCCUCGCAGCCGAUAGGAUUCUUCCCUCGAUUUCCGCCUCCUCCAAAAUACAUUCGCGUCCGAGCGCAUUAUAAAAAGGAAAAGACAUUCAAUCGGGUCUUCGUGGCGCAGGAGCUCGAGGGUGCCAGUGGUGCUGUGGGUAGUUCGGACAAGGAUGCCUCUGUAUCUUCGACUGGAGUACCAAACGAAGCCAAGACGGGCAAGGCUAUCUGGGCGCUCGUUUUCUCAAACGACGGCAAGUACCUUGCAGCUGCGGGUCAGGACAAGAAAGUGCGCGUCUGGCAAGUUGUGAGCUCUCCGGAGGACCGCGAUGCGACAAAGCCCGCAGAGGACGGUGAUGAUAGUCCUCCACUGUUGAACGCACAAGUGUUCAAGUCUCAACCCGUCCAAAUUUACGAAGGUCAUACGGGUAGCGUGCUUGAUCUCAGCUGGAGCAAGAACAACUUCUUGCUCUCUUCAUCAAUGGAUAAGACAGUUCGCCUCUGGCAUGUGAGCCGGCCAGAGUGUUUGUGCUGCUUCAAGCACAGUGAUUUCGUCACAUCGAUCCAAUUCCACCCGCGAGAUGACCGGUUUUUCCUGGCCGGAUCCUUGGACACCAAGCUGCGGUUAUGGAGUAUUCCUGAUAAGAGCGUCGCCUUUGUAGCCACCGUCCCAGACAUGGUUACAGCCGUCGCCUUCACACCCGACGGACGUCACUCCAUCGCUGGGACUCUCAAUGGGUUAUGCAAUAUAUACGAAACUGAUGGGCUGAAGGCCGUUGGUCAGAUUCACGUUCGCUCGGCUCGCGGCCGCAAUGCCAAGGGUAGUAAGAUCACUGGUAUAGAUACGAUGGUUUUGCCGACCGGCGACCUGUAUGGCGAGGUGAAGCUCUUGAUCACAAGCAACGACUCUCGCAUCCGGCUAUACAACUUCCGUGACAGAACACUGGAAGCCAAAUUUCGCGGCAACGAGAACACCUGCAGCCAGAUCCGCGCUUCCUUCAGUAAUGACGGAAAACACAUCAUCUGCGGCAGUGAAGAUCGCCGAACAUAUCUGUGGCCGACAGAUUCUAUCGAAAAGGACUCUGACAAGCGGGCCGUGGAGGUAUUCGAUACACAGUCAGCAAUGGUGACGGCCGCCAUUAUGGCUCCGACGAAGACGAAGCAGAUUCUGGGGUUCGCUGAGGACCCGAUCUUCGACAUCUGCAACCCACCGCCUGUGACCCUGAUGAGCCAGGCAGAGCGGGAGAACAAACGGUCGCAUCGUAACUCCGGCGCCACCAAACUGGCGCAAGAGUCGCCCGCGUAUUUAGCUCGGUCGACGCACCCGGAUGGAAACAUCAUGAUUGUUGCUGAUUAUUCUGGCAAGAUUCAGGUGCUGCGCCAGGACUGUGCCUAUCAGAAACGAAGGUUCGACAAUUGGGAUGCGCAUUCCACCAUCUCUCGACGGAUUCUGCGACGCACCAACUCGGCCCGGCACAGCAUCGCAUCUUCAACCGGGAAGGAUUCUACGCACAAGACACCAUCAGAGCGCAUCAUCUCGUGGCGUAACUCGGUCAUCCGUCACGGGACGAGCAACAGCCGGUCAGGCAUGCGGACCCCACGCACCCGCAGUCCCUCUCCGCACAAGUCGCUCCGCGACGGGCUUUCGGGGUAUUUUAGUCCAGGCCGGGCGUCGUCCAGCGCGGCACGGCCGGACUCCCGCUCGGUAUUCACCACCUCGCCGCCGCAGUCUGCCUACAAACAGUCCAUGGAGAGCCGCCGCUCGAGCGCAGAAACCUCCCGCGUCCUUGCUAACGCACAGGCGGGACAACAAGCGAUUCCGGCCUCGACGACCAUGUUCGCCAAACCCGACGACAAGGACAACCCGCUGUGGCUGCAGGGCGAACACAGCUACGCGUUCUACAACAAAAUCGCACGCGACGCGCUCGCGAUGCGGAAGAAGCGCAAGCCCAGCAGUGGCAGCGGGCUUCCCAGUCCGGGCCAUCUGGCAGUCCCUGGUGAGCGCAACAUGAGUCUGGGGAGUGCGCUGAGCAGCGACUAUGGGUCCUCGAAUGGAGAGGGCGAGGACGGUGAAGUGCUCCGGUGCGAGAGCUGCGCGGGCACCAACUUCCGAGCGACGAAGGGGCGCAAUGGAAGACAGCGGCUGGUCUGCGUGCGAUGCGGCCAGCCAAUCACGUAGUUGGUGUGAUGUGUACGGAGCAGAUGGGAUAGAGAGGUUCCAACGGAACCUGGGACAUGCAUAGUAUUCGAUGUAAUUAUUCCAGUCUGAUUUUGUAUGAUAAGUAGAUAGGUUAUAUAUAGCCUACACUGUACAGUAGGUACGAGGGAU